UUCAUUUCAAAAUUACACCUCGUAUAUCGUCGUCACGAUGAAGCUCUCGCUGACAGUGGUAACUUUUUUCGCAGUCCUAGCAAUAUGCUACUUAUCUCCCCCAGUAGAAAGCCGAGUCAUCUCUCGUCGUUGGCCCUGUUGGUGGGGUCUAGGACCGGAGAUUCCGCCAUCCUGGCUCAGAAAUGCCAGACGCAACGAUUCAUCCCCUAGUGAGUCCAGUAAUGGAUCCGACGACAUAGUGCGGCAUUUCGAUCUUCUCCCCAUGAUCGUUCCCGAUUGGUUGUGUGACCUGCGCUACAACGGAUCACUCCCACAGCUGAACGCCACCGACUCCAACGGUUCUGAAUGAGGAACGAGCCAAGUUAUGGCGAGUGUGACGUGACGUCCACCGCACCGGCCCUCUAACUUCGGUUGAAUAAGGUAAUAAACGGAACUGUUACACAAUUUGAA